CCUUAAAGGCUUAAACCCUAACUCUGCAAUUCGUCUCGUCCCUCUGCAUUUUCUUUCUCAAAAACUUUACCCAGGGAAUUUCCGGAAUUGUUCCAGAGCUCUCCGUCCAAGGAAUGAAUUCACUUUUCAAGAUUCUGGGAAGGAAUCGGAGAUUUAAUAUAGCAACUUCCUUGGCUACGGCUAGUAAACUAGAAGCAUCAAGUGGUAACUCCAUAUCCAAGGAAAGAGCUUUUGUGUCAUCAGCAGUGGUUCUUGAUAAAUCUCGAGAAUUUUUGGGAUUCUAUUAUUCAAGAAGUUUCUAUCCCAGUUUCUUUGUUGGAGGGUGCUUGCUUUCUUCUAAUGCUGAUUCAAAAUAUGACGGAGAAAAUGAAGCGUCGGAAGACAGUUUUUCUGAACUAGAGUCAGCUUUUGCUUCUGAGGAUGUGCAACAGAGUGGCACAAAGAGGGAACUUGAAAAUGAUUCCUCAUUGGAGUUGGAGCUUGGUGGUGAUGAAGAUGCCUCUGCAAAAGCUCUGGAAAACGAACUGGAACAUUUGGGUGAGGAGAAAACAAAGAGGAAGAGAGCUAACUCUGAGCUGUUUGAAGCCAUUUUUACCUCUUCAAGUACAUCAGUAAAGAGUGUUCUGCAUGUGUGGGCCAAAGAAGGAAAAGAUCUGAGCGAAUCAGAGAUUUAUCUGGCUAUAUACGAUCUGCGUAAACGCAAAUUGUAUUCUAAGGCUUUGCAGCUGUUUCAGUGGCUGGAAGCAAAUAAACAAGUCGAGUUUACCGAAGAAAAUUAUUUUUCUUAUGUGGACUUGAUUUCCAAGGUACAUAGUUUGCAGAAGGCUGAAGACUUCGUCGAGAAGAUUCCAGCAUCUUUCAGGGGUGAAAAGGUAUACAGAACCCUUCUGGCCAACUGUGUGGUUAAGCGAAACGUGAAGAAGGCAGAAGAAGUUUUCUACAAAAUGAAGAGGCUGAACCUUCCACUGAGUAUAUUUGCUUACAAUCAGCUGCUUCUCCUCUACAGUAGGCAAGAGAAGAAGAAAAUACCCAGCAUUUUACAACUAAUGCUGAAAGAAAAUGUGAAGCCCAACCUAUUUACCUAUAAAGUUUUAAUAGAUGCAAAAGGUUCAUUUGGUGAUGUGACUGGAAUGGAUCAGAUUGUGGAGACAAUGAAGGGAGAGGGUAUUGAACCAGAUGAAGAGGUACAAGGUGUUCUGGCUAAGCACUAUAUUGCUGCUGGGCAUAAAGAAAAAGCAAAAGAAGUUAUGAAGGAGAUGGAAGGAGAAGACUUGGAGACAAAUCCGUGGGUUUGCCCUCGAUUGCUUCUCCUCUAUGCUGACUUAGGAGAAAGCGAUCAAGUGGAAAGAAUUUGGAAGGUCUGUGAACAAACCCUGAGAUAUGACAAUUGCGUUGCUGCAAUUAGAGCAUGGGGAAAGCUGAAGAAAAUUGAAGAAGCAGAAGCAGUAUUUGAGAAACUCAAGCAGAAAUAUAGACUUUUCCCUAUGAGGCCCUUUUUUAAUCUCUUGGAGGUUUACACUGAAAACAAGAUGCUAACAAAGGGUAAGGAUCUCAUUAAACAUAUGGUGGAUAUGGGGCUUAAGAUGAACCCAUCAACGUGGGAUGCGCUCGUGAAGCUCUUUGUUGGAGCUGGAGAAGUUGGGAAGGCUGACUUGAUAUUGAAUAAAGUCAUCACGGAGAACCAAAUGAGACCGAUGUACGAUACUUUCAUGGUAAUCCUUGACGAAUAUUCAAAAAGGGGUGAUAUCCAUAAUUCAGAGAAGAUUUUCCAGAGGAUGAAAGAGGUUGGCUAUACUGCUCUGUUGAGGCAGUAUGAAGCACUUAUCUUGGCCUAUCUGAAUGCAAAAUCUCCGGCCUAUGGGAUGAAGGACAGGAUGAGGGCUGAUAAUGUUUUCCCAACUAAGCGCGUUGCAGAAAAUUUGGCUCGGUUUGAUCCAUUUAGGAAGACUCUGAUGUCUGAUUUGCUCGAUACAUGAGUAACAAACAAUUCCUGUACCAUUGUCUGAAUGGAUUUUCCCGAUUUUCUUUUCCAUAUGUAAAUGAAGACUAGCAAAUGAUAAAAUAAAGAGCUUGCUUCAUCAA